UCACACACGCACACCCCCCAUGGAUCUCAGCAGGGCUGCUGGGAAUUCUCGAGUCUCACCUCAUUUACACACGUCUGAGCAGAUAGCACCGAGUCACAUUACGCUCUCCCAGUGAGCGAAGGGUAUGCAGCUACGCUUGCUGUGCCACAUACAGCGCCAACUCUCUCUCUCUCUCUCUCUCUCUCUCUCUCUCUCUCUCUACUAAAUACACACGCAGUCCCUCUCGCCUGCCUUUCCCCCUCUCUCUCUCUCUCACACAUACACACACACACUCUCAGGAGUCACCCGCUCGCCUCACGUCUCCACGCGUGUCUCUCUGCAUGGCCGGCUGAUCACACAAGUCGCUCCUGAUUUACGAGAGCCAGAUUCCUCCAGGCUGAAUCACAGCGAGACGGAUCCGGGCUUUGUGACGGAGAAGGAGAACCCACGAUUUGUUUUUUUUUUUUCUCUGCCUGUCUCUCCACAUCAAUGAUGGACUGACCCAGUUUUUUUUUUUUUCCUUGCUGUGGGAUGUUUUUUUUUUUUUUUGCACUGUGGUUCAGAGGUGUAACUGAAAGCUGCAUCUGGUGACAGCCUCUCUCUAUGUUUCAUCUCUGCCUCUUUCGUCCACUUGUCUUCUCUGUCCACUUCACUCCGAUCAUCUAAGGUUCACUCCUGGAACUUAUCCUCCCGUCUACCAGCAUCCAACUGCUCUACCCUCACACAUCAUGCUCCUAGGAAGUUCGUGCCAUAGUAACACACUCCCGGCUCUUGUGCGUACUCCUCCUCUGAUGAUGCAGUCCACGCUGGACAUGAAACCGUUUAUGUCUUUCCCCGUGGAUGGAUCAUCGCCCGUCGGUCUCUUCGCCAAUUUCAGCACGAUGGAUCCCGUCCAGAAAGCCGUAAUCAACCACACGUUUGGGGUCUCCGUCCCUCCAAAGAAGAAGCAAGUGAUCUCGUGCAACAUCUGCCAGCUCCGCUUUAAUUCGGACAGCCAAGCCGAGGCGCACUACAAAGGGAGUAAACAUGCCAAGAAGCUUAAAGCACAAGAGUCCACGAAAACUAAGCAGAAAGGCGGAGCUGGCUCAGACAACAGCGCCAAGCCAAUCAGCACUGGUCCUUCCUCCGCCCCCGCCUCCUCUGCUGUGGUCAUUGACAGCACCUCUGACCAAUCAGCAGAGAAAAGUGCAGAACUGCCCAGUGCUCCGAAAGCUCCCGUCUCCCCAUGUUUCUUGGUGCCUGCCUCUCCGUUAGCAUCUGGCACCUGUAAGCCGAGUCCUGCGCCCUCGAGCUCGCCGGCAGAGCACAAAGCCAGUCCCAAACCGAGUCAGGCUGAACCGAGUGCAGAAUCUGAGGAGGAGAAAGCCAAGAAACUGCUCUACUGCUCGCUGUGUAAAGUGGCUGUCAACUCCCUGUCGCAGCUGGAGGCUCACAACACAGGUUCGAAGCACAAAACCAUGCUGGAGGCGAGAAACGGAGCCGGCCCCAUUAAAGCCUACCCUAGACCUGGCUCCAAACUCAAAAUGCAGGCCAACGUUCUGAAGGGUUCGGGAUUACAGAACAAAACGUUCCACUGCGAGAUCUGCGACGUCCACGUCAAUUCAGAAAUCCAGCUCAAACAGCACAUCUCCAGCAGAAGGCACAAAGACCGGGUGGCAGGCAAACCUCUGAAGCCCAAAUACAGUCCUUACAACAAGCAGCAGCGCAGCUCCAACUCCCUGGCAGCUAAGCUUGCGCUCCAGAAGGACCUUGUGAAACCCAUCUCUCCAGCCUUCAUCUCCACUCCGUUCUCCUCCACCACGAUUCCGUCCAUCUCGCUCCACCCGCGCCCCAACUCCAUCUUUCAGACGCCGGCGCUGCCAGCCUCCUUCCUGCGAGGGGCACCGGGGCCCAUCCGGCCCUCCAGCAGCUCCAUCCUCUUUACCCCGUACUGAGUAAUGCUGAGGGUGAGAGGCUGACACUCUGACCUCUGACCUCUGAUCUCUCAGGCAUGGAAUACUCAAAGAGAUGUCACAGCCUGAGGGAGGAAGGUGUGUUUGUUUAAAAAGUAUGAAACAAUUUGAUGGUCCAAGUCCUCAUGUGCUACUGGAGGGAGAGUGUUUGGAUUCUUGUAGAAGGAAAAAAAAAAUCCUCUUCCUCUCGAUGGUCCAAGUUCUCGUGAGGUGCUCGGGGUGUGUUUGGAUUCUCGCAGAAGGAAUAACUAAAAACUGCUUCCUGAUUGACUUGAAUGAUCGUGGUCUUCCUCUUCAAUGGAACAGACACUUCUGGAUACACACACGAAAAAAAAAUGUCUAACAAUCACGAAUCUACAACAAUCAGACGCUACGUGUUGUGUUCGGUGGCUCGAUGUGGUCAGGGAAUGUGUGCUGUCUCGUAUCGUGUAGUCGAUGAUGCUUCAUCAUCAGUGCUGGACUUUGUUCCUCUUCCAUGUUUCGUCUUUUUUUUGUUUGUUUGUUUGUUUUAAAUCUGAUGGUGUUGUGUAGUUUCUUUACUGAGUCUCUGAAAGAAAUUUCAUCAGUAACUCAUUGCGUUAUAGUCAUCUACUUCACACAUUUACACUAAAAAUCCCAUUUUUCAUUUAAAUUAACACAGAGCUCGAGGCUAAUUUCUUAAUUUGGAAUCCUCCUGAUCAUAGAGUUAUCACUGAUUCCCCAUUUUAAUUUCCAUUCGAAAAUGGAUUUUUGAUUUUAAUUAACAGUCUUUUUUAAUUAUUUAGUCUCCUUUCAUUAAGGAAAACCACAGGAUUCCUAACUCUUAUUCACUCACUUCUUACACAUACAGACGUAUGACACUAUUUCACCAGAACUGACGCUGAUUUCUAGGGUUAACUUUCAUUUUUAUUUUGAAAAUCCAGGAAAUCCACUGACCAAUCAUGUCUAUGUACCGUAUUUUCCAGACAAUAGGUCACCCCACAUUAUAAGACACAGCCCAGUAGAUUCGCUGCUUAAGCCUGCUUUACACUAUAAGAUUUUCAGCCUGAUGUUGCUGUCACAGAUAAAAUCAACACACCGUAAAAGAAUUCUUUGGUCAUGAGUCGAACGCAUAAUGUGACAUGCUCACUAGCGGCCACUGUUCCUUGUCUAAACGCCACCAAUAGGAGGACGACAUAGGAUUACUAGUAUAUAAAUACGGCAGUACAGCUACACAUAUGUUAGGCAAAACAUAAAACAUUGUUUGUUUGUUUGUCUGUUAUACUAACCCAUUUUUUGCAGGAGCCUGAAUCACACUGAUUGAUGACGUAAUAAAUUUCUUCAAUCACAGCUCUAUCGUUAGAGGAUCUUCGUUGUAUAAUCCGACAUGAAGAACACGUUCUCACACAGUUUGGUAUAGGAUUCGUAAAUCUCAUAAACACUCUUAGAAGAAUGCUGUAAUCACACAGUCUAAAUCCAGCUUUAAACAAAGAUACGUGCAUUGUCCUAAAAGUAACAUACCAAACAUUUUUAGCUUGGUAAUGUUUGUACUUGCUUCAGAAUGGUGCUUUAGUGCCCUCUAUUGAUGUAGUCUAGUUUUUUUUGUCCUGGUAGUGUUGCCACAGUUCACACUACCAACACUACACAGUUCCUGAUCAGAAACAUCAUCGUUUUCUUUCUACGUAGCUUUUCUGUGUCUGAUCACUGCCACUACACCAAUGCUAAUCUCUAUGACAAAUAUUCUUAUGCUAGCAUCAAGCUAAAGUCAGCUGUCUCAAUCCAGCCUAAUGCCAUAGACGCGCUUCCAUUAUCUGAAAUCAAUCACAUGGAUUAAAAUAUUUUAUACACAUUUUUAAAGGGGUUGUCACUGGAGUAGCUAAGCGUAAAAAGCUAGUUAGCUACAGUCUCUCUAUAAAGUAAAGUACUUUAUAAGGUAAAAUAUUAUUAUUACAGUAGCUAGACAUUACCAACAUAACCUAAAGAGGUAGCUAGCUCAACACCGUAGUUUGGAAUUAGGUUCUCAAGAGUUCUCUGGUAAACAGACUAGUGUAAAUGAUAGAGUAGCACACCUACCGUAAAAACUCCAAUAAAUGGGACUAAUCAAGUCAGAUGCUAACCUAUUUUGUUGCUUUUUGAUGGAUGUAGUAAGUAGUAGUAAUAGCACUUGGGCAACAAAAGUGCUUCUUAUCUUCUGGAAAAUACGGUAAUAUCCUUAUUUCGUACGCACACACACUCACACAGAGUAAAUAUACAUUGGAUUUUAUCCCAAGUUUCCCAUUUUUCAUUAUAAAUUAGAUGUAAUAAGAGUAAACCCACCGUCUUUCAUUUCUGUGUAAAAUCCUGAUUUGUAACUAAACUGCACUAACGCUGCAGCUCUUUAACAAUGCAAUAAUGUACAGAACAUUCGAUAUUGAUAUUCUCCGUAGUGUAUUUAAUGUUUACCUAAAACGUUGCAAUACUUGUACUUUAUGGAGGGGAGGAGGUGCUAAGAGACAUAGAAACAUUUUAUUUGUAUUUUUAAAAAUUCUCAGAAAGAGAAAACCCUCAUUCACAGAGAAUUCUUUAUUUCAUAGAUCAUGAUAUGUAUGUAUGAGCGGAUGUACAUAACAAUAUUUCCUUUUCAAUAAAAAUAAUAUAUUUCAAUGAUUUUCUUCCCAAAUGAUACUGUACAGUACUUUUUUUUCCGUGAACAUAAAAUACAUAUUUGAAUUUACUUUUUUUUUCUGGAGAUUAUAGUUUCUAAUAGAAAGCAGCUUUUAGAAUAAAGAGCAUGCUUGAUGAAAAAAAACAGUAAUUAAUAUGAUGUGAAAUGUACAGUAUUUAUUUUCAGAAACUUUUUUAUGAUCCCAAUUUUUUUUGUUUUUUGUUUAUUCUGUGGAGUUUGAUGUGUGGUGGUUGUUUUGUGUUUUACCUUGUGUUUCUUUUAUUAAAGCCUCCCGGUUAGUGCUUCUUA